AUGGGGUGGGGAGCGUCGGGAGUCCCGGGUGGCCAGUUGGCGGCGCAGGUCGGCCUCCCGGCGCUGACCCCCCGCAAAGGCACAGGCAGGGGCCCGGCGGUCGUCCAGGGACAUAUUGGGCCGGCCGGCGCCGUCGCCCCAGUCGGGGGUUUGCUGCCUGUCUUCCCAGAGGAGGAGCCAAAGCAACACCAAGUUACAGUUUCACAUGCUGCUUCAAAGGGGAGAUAUGCAAGGUUUAAACAGAAUUUGAAUGCCAAGGCACAGGAGACAAAGCAACACCACCAUCAAGUUGCCACCUCAGGCGCCUCUUCAAAAGGGAGGAGUCAAGCUGGUUGGAUGUCCAAGGAGAGGAGCACUCCUGAAGGUAUCAACAUGGAGGAACAUGCUUGGAGGUUUCGGCCUCUGCCCCCACCCAAAUGGACGGGUGACUUUAACAUCGCUUCCAUCGGAAUUCCACCUGUAAUGCGAAAGAGGAAACCUCCGGAGGUGAGGAACGCGCUGCGUGAAAGAAGAGUCGCGGCCAAACAAAAGGAUGCGCGCUACCACGCGGAGGUGGCCCUGCGUAAAUACAACAGAGCCAACAACACCAAGUAUGAGCUGGUGGAGGUAAAAGUGAUAUCUAUAUUUUACGAGUUUGGAGGGGGCGGUGCCCAUUAUAACUUCACAGCUAAGCAGCCUGAGGACCAGCAGAAUGCUGAUGCCAACAGUACCAAACUAUUCUUCUCUGAAGUCGACCUCUAUUUUCGGAGUGAGAAUGAUGUGAUUAUGUGCUGUAUAGUUGGAGAAAAUGAUGCAGGGCGCUGCUACGGCUGCGAAAACUACCAGCCUGUUGUUCACCCAAGCAGCCAAGCAUAUGGCGGCGGUAGUAGUACUUGUAUUGCCUAUCCUCGUUCGGAUGGCGAUAGCGAUAGCGACUAG